AUGGAUACAUUUUCCACAUUUUUCCUUCUUUCGCUACUCUUAUUGUUUUCAUGUCUUAGCCUCUCUGCUGCACAGAACAUAACUCAAAUCAAAAGUGAUGAAUCCAUACUUCUUGCUUUGAAAUCCCACAUCACUUCAGAUCCUCACAAUAUUUUGAAAAAUAAUUGGAGCAGUGGAACCUCUUUUUGCACGUGGAGAGGAGUUACUUGUGAUUCACGUCGUAGCAGGGUAACUGAAUUAGAUAUCUCUGAUAUGGGACUCGAAGGAAGCAUUCCACAGGAAAUCGGAAAUCUUUCUUCACUCGUUUAUCUUGAUAUAAGUGGAAACUCUUUUCAUGGUCGGCUACCAAAGGACAUUUGCAUGCACAAUAACCUUCAAAGACUCAAACUACUUAACCUAUCGGCAAACUACUUGGAAGGAGAUAUACCGUCAAGUUUGUAUCAAUGUCCACAACUUGAGAGUAUUGACUUGUCACGCAACAGCUUUGGUGGAUAUGUGCCUGCACAAAUUUGGAAUAUCACACUGCUUAAAGUAUUAGACCUUAGUGAGAACAAUUUGAGAGGUAUGUCUUUAUCUCUAUACUGAGAAUUUAACUAGUUUGAUGCCUUACUAUUUCAUUUCUAUUGAUAAUCCAGAAAUUGGUUGAUAAUGUCAUUCGGUUUAAACGUAGAUUUUGGGGUAAAUGGCAAAGCUACGGCUCUUGCGUCUAAUGAUAUUCUGCAGUUCCUCAGUAACAUGAUGUAUAUAUAGCUAAGCAAUUUAUUUAUUC